AUGGCAGCCGGAGCAUUUUGGCAUCAGUGCCUCAAAAAUUGCAUGGCAGCCGGAGCCCUCCCCAUAGCCCACAACUCUGCCGGCCCCAAAAUGGACAUUGUUGUGCCAGCCUGCCAUGCUGGUCUGGGGAGGAGGGAGAUGGCCGUCUCACCCACACUGUUGUGUUUCCAUUGCCUCCUCUGUUGCCUCUUGCAGCCCACAACUCUGCCGGCCCCAAAAUGGACAUUGUCGUGCCGGCCUGCCAUGCUGGUUGCAAAGAAGAAGAUCGGCAGGAGAAGAGGGGAGGUGAGGAGGGAGAUGACCGUCUCACACACCCACACUGCUGUGUUUCCAAUAUCUGUUCCUCUGUCUGCUCUGUUGCUUCUUGCAGCCCACAACUCUGCCGGCCCGAAAAUGGACAUUGUCGUGCCGGCCUUUCAUGCUGGUCUGGGGAGAAAAGAAGACGGGCAGGAGAAGGGGGGAGAGGUGGGAGAUGGGGAGGGAGACAAGGAGGGAGGCGAAGGGGAGCAAUCAGAGCCGUUGAUUUGGAAGGGCCAGCUAGAAGCGGACUCAUCAGGCUGUCCUGUAGGGUAUUUGGCGAUGACCGAGGACGAAUACGCUGCUGCCAUGCGGGCGGUUUUCGCCAUGUCAGCGGAGGAGAGGGAGCGGAUAGCGACAGCUGGCAGGGAGUGGGCCAAGCGAUUCUCCGAGGAGAAUUUCGAUAAGAGCUUCAAGGAUGUGUUGCGCCCAGCAUCGGAGCAGGAGAAGCAGACAAGUGUGGGCAGAGGCAGUGGGGCCGGGAUACCAUCACCAUCACCUGGUGGUUACCACCAUCACCUGGUGGUUACCACCGUCACCCCCGCCCGCUUCAUUUCACCCCUCACGACGACCCCGGCCCUUGCAACAUGUGCCGCCUCCGUGUUUCCGCUCAUCUUCCCCUUGCCUAACCUUAUUGUGGAGUUCUGCCGGUUGGUUGAAGCGUCGGAGCAGCAGGAGAAGCCGGCACGGGCGGAGGUGGUGGGGCGAACGAAUGACCACCCUCAACCUCGUGCUUUUGCAACCCCGUCCCUUUCCCAACACCAGAGAUCGUGGAGUUCUGCCGGUUGGUUGAAGCGUCGGAGCAGCAGGAGAAGCCGGCACGGGCGGAGACGGUGGGGCGAACGAAUGACCACCCUCAACCUCGUGCUUUUGCAACCCUGUCCCUUUCCCAACACCACACCAGAAAUCGUGGAGGCGUCGGAGCAGGGGAAGCAGGCGCGGACAGAGGCAGCGGUGGGGCGGGUGGGGGGUGUCACUGAGAGGACGGCACAGGGCACCAACACGUACAGUACAGCCACUGUGGUGUUCCCAUCACUCUCCUGCCCUUCUCAUACCCCAGAGAUCGUGGAGUUCUGCCGGUUUGUGGAGGCGUCCGAGCAGGAGAAGCAGGCGCGGCCGGAGGCAGUGGGGCGGGUGACAGGAGAAAUCGUGGAGUUCUGCCAGUUUGUCGAAGCAUCGGAGCAGGAGAAGCAGGCGCGGGCGGAGGCGGUGGGGCGGGUGACAGCUGUCAUCCACAGCAUCUGGGCGCACUGCCACGUGGAGGUGUUUGGUUCGUACGCCACGGGCGUGUACCUGCCGACCAGUGACGUGGAUCCCACCAUACCAGUUCACGCCCCAGACCCAUCUCGUGGGGGAGGGGCAGUGGCACGUGGGGAGGUGUUUGAUGGUAGUGCUGCACUCGGGCUGCCUGGACGUGCAGAGGGCACUGAGAGCACUGGCUACGGCACUGGUGGGAUUGAAGGGAUUUCUUGUCCUGCACCCACCCAAGCCCUUCCCCAUCUGCUGCUCUCUGCUCUCUCCUUCUGCCCCUCUUCCGGCUGCCCGGACGUGCAGAGGGCACUGAGAGCACUGGCGAAGGCACCGGUGGGAUUGAAGGGAGUCCCUGUCCUGCACCCACGCAAGGCACUGCCCGCACCCCUUCAACCCCGCUUCCCUUCCCCUCCCGCAGAUGGUAGUGCUGCACUCGGGCUGCCCAGACGUGCAGAGGGCGCUGAGGGCACUGAUGGUAGUGCUGCACUCGGGCUGCCCGGACGUGCAGAGGGCGCUGAGAGCAUUGGCAAAGGCGCUGGUGGGGAGGAGAGUUGCACGGAACAUGAAGGUCACUGGGCAAGCACGUGUGCCGAUAAUAAAUCCCAUCCUCUCACUCCUCUCCUCUCACGCCUCUCCUCUCACUCCUUCCCCCCCUGCCUGCUUUCCCCCUUUUUCUUGCAGGUUAUCGGGCAAGCACGUGCCAUUGGGCAAGCACGUGUGACGAUUUUCAAGUUCCUCCUCUCCUUUUCCAGCCCCUUUCUAUCUUUCUCUCUCUUCCCUUCUCUUCCUCUCUCUUUGCCCACCUCUCCCCCACUGCAGGUCAUCGGGCAAGCACGAGUGCCGAUCAUCAAGUUCCUGGAGAUUGAGAGUGGAGUGUCAUUUGACAUCAGUUUCGAUACGUCCAACGGACCAGAGACUGCCAAGUUCAUCCGGAAAUCCAUGAAGGCCAUGCCAGCACUGCGACCCAUCUCUCUGGUGCUCAAGCUUUUUCUCCAGCAGAGGGGCCUCAACGAGGUGUUCACAGGGGGGAUCGGCUCGUACGCCCUGCUGGUCAUGAUCAUGGCACAUCUACAGACCCACCACAGCCGCUUUUCAAGCGGCAAGCUAGAGCAGAAUCUGGGCGUACUGCUGGCGAGUGCAGCAGCAAGCAAAGAAGUGCUGUUGUGGACCCACCACAGCCGCUUUUCUAGUGGAAAGCUAGAGCAGAACCUGGGCGUGCUGCUGAACCAGCACGACCGCUUUUCUAGCUGCGAGCUAGAGCAGAAGAACCUGGGCGUCCUGCUGGUGAGUCCCUUUAUACACCUGGGCGCUUUGCUUAGUGCCGCGGCUCUUUUGAUGAAACACAACCUUUUGCUUAUCAAGCUUUUGAGGCGCCUCAAAAGCGUCCUCUCUGCUACUGCAGCCAGGAGACGACUUUUGAGGCGCCUCAAAAGCGUCCUCUCUGCUACUGCAGCCAGGAGACGACUUUUGAGGCGCCUCAAAAGCGUCCUCUCUGCUACUGCAGCCAGGAGACGACUUUUGAGGCGCCUCAAAGGCGUCCUCUCUGCUACUGCAGCCAGGAGACGACUUUUGAGGCGCCUCAAAAGCGUCCUCUCUGCUACUGCAGCCAGGAGACGACUUUUGAGGCGCCUCAAAAGCGUCCUCUCUGCUACUGCAGCCCUUCGAAACAUGAGUCAGGGUGACCCCUGGGAUACCAAAAGCGUCCUCUCUGCUACUGCAGCCCUUCGAAACAUGAGUCAUCAGGGUGACCCCUGGGAUACCAAAAGCGUCCUCUCUGCUACUGCAGCCCUUCGAAACAUGAGUCAGGGUGACCCCUGGGAUACCAAAAGCGUCCUCUCUGCUACUGCAGCCCUUCGAAACAUGAGUCAGGGUGACCCCUGGGAUACCAAAAGCGUCCUCUCUGCUACUGCAGCCCUUCGAAACAUGAGUCAGGGUGACCCCUGGGAUACCAAAAGCGUCCUCUCUGCUACUGCAGCCCUUCGAAACAUGAGGCGUGUCACCUCCAACUUCAAGAUCGUCGCACGUUCGAACGGGCGACGGGUUUCCACCAGUGUCGUUUUUCCUCGUGAGAGUGUCUCAAAAAGCUCGGCACAGGGGCAUCAAUGCUUCAAGCAAACACCUGUGCUUGCUUGUCCCUCGGCUGUGCUUGCUUGUCCCUCGGCUGUGCUUGCUUGUCCCUCGGCUGUGCUUGCUUGUCCCUCGGCUGUGCUUGCUUGUCCCUCGGCUGUGCUUGCUUGUCCCUCGGCUGUGCUUGCUUGUCCCUCGGCUGUGCUUGCUUGUCCCUCGGCUGUGCUUGCUUGUCCCUCGGCUGUGCUUGCUUGUCCCUCGGCUGUGCUUGCUUGUCCCUCGGCUGUGCUUGCUUGUCCCUCGGCUGUGCUUGCUUGUCCCUCGGCUGUGCUUGCUUGUCCCUCGGCUGUGCUUGCUUGUCCCUCGGCUGUGCUUGCUUGUCCCUCGGCUGUGCUUGCUUGUCCCUCGGCUGUGCUUGCUUGUCCCUCGGCUGUGCUUGCUUGUCCCUCGGCUGUGCUUGCUUGUCCCUCGGCUGUGCUUGCUUGUCCCUCGGCUGUGCUUGCUUGUCCCUCGGCUGUGCUUGCUUGUCCCUCGGCUGUGCUUGCUUGUCCCUCGGCUGUGCUUGCUUGUCCCUCGGCUGUGCUUGCUUGUCCCUCGGCUGUGCUUGCUUGUCCCUCGGCUGUGCUUGCUUGUCCCUCGGCUGUGCUUGCUUGUCCCUCGGCUGUGCUUGCUUGUCCCUCGGCUGUGCUUGCUUGUCCCUCGGCUGUGCUUGCUUGUCCCUCGGCUGUGCUUGCUUGUCCCUCGGCUGUUAUCUCCCACCCCUCCCUCCUCCCUUUCGCAGAUUGA